AUGUCGAGCAUUCCUCAAGAGGAUGUGCAACACACAAGCUCGCUAGCACGUCAAGUGUUCCCUGAAGUCAUCCCUUCCGAGUCUGCUCAUGAAUCUGAAGCCAAAACGGCUGAAGACAUUCUGGUUGCAUCAGCGGAUGAAGAAAGAGAAGAAGAACGAGAUGUUAUUCCCCUUGCCAGUGAUCCCGUUGUGCAAGAAGAGGGUGUGAUUGUGCCAGACCCACAUGUUCAUGAAGCUAUGGAAGUUGAAGCUAAUGAGGCUGCCACCACCAACACUACUAAAGCCAAUGACACUGUCAUGGUUGACGACAAUGUGGAGCCUGAAGUCAAUGCUGCCACAGCAGAAAAUGCACAGCCAACCACUUCUGAUGUAGUUGGUCCUCCACCAGUGCCUCACACUAUGGAACGUGCUUACAACCGUGGUGGUGAGCUUGUUACUGUAAGAGAAAGGCACUCGGGCGUCCAAGCUCAUAAUGAUGCUAAAAAGGGAAAGGCACUUUGGCGUCCAGGCAUCGACCCCAAGCUUGCUGCCAAGAAGAAGAAGAAGCCUGCUGAAGCCAAACUCGAAGCUCCAAGGCAGGAAAGACCAAGCAUAAUCUUCCCUACCAGUAUGAUUGGCUCGAAGCCAAAGGUCCCUUCAGCAGCUUCAGAUCAGAAAAAGACUAGGCAAGCUGAGGCAGAAGCCAGGAAGAGGAAGCACCAUGAGACCUCUGAAGCUGCUCCCUCCAAGAAAAAGCUGAAGACGAAGUCUUCAUGCCAAGAGCAUGCUGCUGCCCAAGAGCCUCUGAAUAUUGAACCUAUUUCUGUUGCACUACCUGCCUCUAUGAACCGCGAGUGUCGACUUGUUGUCCUUGAGCCUGCUUCCACAGAGGCUCCAGAGUCUGAAGAGAUUCCAGCUGCCAACUCCACCGCAGUUGAAGACAUGGGUCACAAAGACCAUGUUGAAGAUGAUGAAGUCCUUCCUCAGCUCGAGCCCAAACCGGCCCUUACUGAGAUGUAUUCGAUGCCCAAUGGGGAGCAAGAGCAGGACCCGGAAGGGGAGGCAAGCGGAGGUGAAAGCGGCGAGUGGCAUUCUGACGGUGAAGGGGACGAGGAGAGCGACGACCUGAGUGAUGAAGAAGAGGUCGACUCACCUCCCCGCAGGGAAAGGCGGUCCAAGCUCACUCAUGAUCCGGCAAGCGGCCGCGACAAGGCGAUCGUUCAGACCGGGCAGUCAUCAAAGCUUCCUCGGAUGUCGUCUCCGGCACCGACUGAAAAGGCCCCGAAGCAGUCCAAGGUUGUAGUGCAGAAGACCCGGAAAGCGCUGCCCAAAAUCAAAAUUGACAUCCUUGUUGCCUCUGCUGCCGCUACCUCUGGGACCUCUGCUUAUAAAAACGAAGAUGAGGACAUGGAAGAUGCGGUCACCUCCAACCCAGUCCCUCUCAACAUCAUUGACCUCCUCGACGACGACGAGGACGAGCCACAGAGGCCCUUGGGGAGAAGAAACAGGAAAAAGUCCGCUGAGAAAAUGAAUCAAGCUCUGGCGAAGAAGGACCAAGAUCUUGCGGCCGCACAGAAAGCAGCUGACGAGAAAACUACACUCGCUGAACAGAAACUAGCUUCAGUCGGCAAAUUGGAGGAAGAAAACACCAGGCUGAAAACUGCUCUUGAUGAAGCCAAUAAGGAAGCGACCCGCCUGAAGAAGGAAAAAAACCAUCUGAACGAGAAGAUGGAAGGUAUUGCUCAAAGGAGGGUGUGA